AUGGCCGAAGGGAAACACCCCAAGGGCGCGCGCCGACUUUUCCGUCUCUGCGCACAGCUCGCCCUCGGCUCAUCCGUGUGGGGCUACAAUAUCGGCAUCCUGUCCUCGGUGCUGGUGCACUCGGGCUGGCGGGCCGCGCUGGGCAACCCCUCGCCCGCGCAGACGGGGCUUGUCACGGGCGCGUACUAUCUCGGCGCGCUGCUGGCGUACUUGUGCGUCGCGCACCCGCUCGCGGACGCGCUGGGCAGGAGGAGCGCGGCGGGCGCGGGCACGGCGGCGCUGAGCGCGGGCGCGCUGGCCAUGGCGAGCGCGGGGAGCUUGGGGGCGAUGAUGAGCGGGAGGGUGAUGUGCGGGCUCGGCGCGGGCGUGGUGAGCACGACGGUGCCGCUGUAUCAGAGCGAGAUGGCGCCGGCCAAGGAGAGAGGCAAGUACGUGACCAUCAAUCACAUCGGGUUCGUGGCCGGCCUCGCGACGGGUCUCUGGGCCGGAUACUUGAUUACGUUCUGGAAGGGUGACGCGGGCGAGUACUGGGGCUGGAGAGUUCUCAUCCUGAUGCAGCUCCUCCCGGCGUUGGCCUUCGCCGCCAUGCUGCCGUUGAUGCCAGAAACUCCGAGAUGGCUCCUCCAGAGCGGCGACGCGGACAGCGCCAGCAAGGUCCUCCACUGGCUGCGCGAGGACGUCCACGAGCCGUCCGCCGUCGCCCACGAACUUGACGCCAUCAACGCCGACAUCCAGCUCCACCACCGCCAGGCGUCCUCCUCGUUCCCGGCCAAGACCCUGGCGCUCUUUCGGCGGCCGGCGCUGUUUGCCCGCCUGUGGCGCGCGUUCCUGCUGCAGUUCAUGGCGUCCAUGUGCGGUGCCGCCGCGAUGAAGUACUACCUGCCGACGCUGCUGCGGGCGCUCGGACUGGGCACGCGGCCCGCGCUGAUGGCCGGCGCGGUGGAGGCGACGACGAAGAUCGGCAUGGGCGUCGUGGAGAUGUGGCUGAUUGACAGAGUCGGUAGGAAAACGUGUCUGGCAGGCGGGAGCGUCAUCAUGGCUGUUGCGAUGCUGGUUAAUGGCGUGCUGCCGCAGUUGUUCCCGAAAAACGUGAGCCGCGUGGCGGACACGGUUUGCAUCGCCUUCAUCUUCCUCUACGCGUUUGGCUUCAGCCUCGGCCUGGGCCCGACGGCCUGGCUGUACAGCUCCGAGAUCUUCCCGACGACGUACCGCGCGCGCGGACUCAACUUUGCCGCGUCCGGCGGCUCGAUCGGCAGCAUCAUUGUCGCUCAGAUAUGGCCCGUCGGCGUCGCCAAGUUCGGCAGCGGGGUGUACUUGUUCUUCUUCGCCGUCAACGCCAUCUGCGUACCGGUGAUAUGGCUGCUCUACCCGGAAACCAAAGGCUGCGCGCUGGAGGACAUGGAUGCCCUGUUUGGAAAAGAGACGCGUGCGGACGGCAUGGGACUGCGUGGGUUGCAGGACCAGGACGAGGAGCGGGAGCCGCAGGACGGCGACUCGGCGGACAGCGAGGCAGGGGAGGCUCAACCACUGCUCUCGGGAUAA